AUGGUGCUUGACGGGAAGCCGGGGGCCGGGGUGCUGUCCGAGGAGGGAGGAGGCAGACGGGUAGAGCUGGCGGCUCGCAGGCUCUCAGCCACUCAGGGGCUUUCCCGCCUUUUCCUGGUGCGUCACGCUUGGGGGAGCGGCCUCCCGGCUUCCGGGAUACGGAGGUGGCGGAGGCGGGAGCGCCUGGCCUCGUGGGUCGCUUCGGAAGGAAGGUGGGAGCGCGCUGGCGCCGGUGCCAGAGGUAUUCCAUUUGUAAGUGUAAAUUACUGGUUCAGUGCUCGAGGACCAUAUGUAGUUACUGGACAGGGGAACAUGAUGUGCACCCAACAAAUGCCUUGUCCAGGAUACCCAGUUGUUGUCUGUGGGCCCCUAUCAGCAGGACAUGGAGCCCCACCUGCAGGAUAUGGAGCCCCACCAUUGGGAUAUGGAGCCCAGUCAGUGGGAUAUGGAGCCCUGCCAGUGGGAUACAGAGCCCCACCAGCAGCAUACGAAGCCCCACCAGCAGGAUACGGAGCCCCACCAGCAGCAUAUGGAGCCCCACCAGCAGGAUAUGGAGCCCCACCAGCAGGAUACAGAGCCCCACCAGCAGCAUAUGGAGCCCCACCAGCAGGAUACGGAGCCCCACCAGUGGGGUAUGGAGUACUCCCUGCAGAAGAUGAAGCUCUACCAGCUGGAAAUGAAGCCCUGCCUGCAGGAUAUGGAGCUCUGCCUCUAGGACAUGAAACUCUACCUGCUGAAAAUAGGGCUGGGACUCAAAAAUCUGUGGCAGCCCAGCCUAGCAGAUGUGAGACUUCUCUUCCUUUGACCUCAUCCUCUAAGUCCUGUUUACCAUCAUCUGAGUAAACCUUGAGGACUCACAAGCAAAGUGGCACGCUAAACCGGAAGUCAAGAUAAGAAGGAUUCAGGUGUGUGAUUAAAGGGCUGUUGUUCAACCCUUGGGAAGGGCAAUCUGAGGGGGAUGGUGAAGUUUUAUUUCCAUGUCUAGAUUUUAGAAGCAAAGUCACUCUUGAUUAGAUGGGCUAAAGGAGAAUUAGAAUUGUAGAGCUAAUUCCUCAAUAAUUUGGUUGACAUUGGGUUGCAUUUUUUAAUAUACCUUGAAUGUGAGUGUGUAAAAACCUUCCUGCCUUAAUCCCCUCCGCAUUCAAGAUACAUUUAGUAUACUCAGUUUUCCAGGCACUAAGAUAUAUGUUAGAAAUAUCAAGUUGAACACUUAGUUGUUUUUUACAACAUUCUUUAUGUUAGUGAAAAGAUGGAACAACCAAAAUUUCCAAUAGUGAGAGACACCUUAGUAAGUGAUGGCACAUCCAUACAAUGGAAUAUUAUGUAACCAUUGAAAAUGAUGUCUCAGAGGUAGGGAAAGCCUUCUCUAUGAAGACCAAAACAAUGAAGCAAUAAAGGAAAACAGCAAUAAAUUUGAAUGUAUGAAAAUUUUAAACUUCUAUAUAACCAAAGUUAAAUGAUAGUCAACAGACUAGGAGGAAGUGAUGUGCAUGGGGUAGGCACCCUUGACCCCUCACCCAUUAAAUGCCAGCAGCGGCCUACAGUUGUGAUAACUAAAAAUGGCCCCAUUUUUCCUAAUUUCACACUGUGAGGGAGUGCCAUCUCUGUUGAUAACCACCAUUCUAGACUCUUCUAGGCUAGUCCAAGGUUUUCAGCCUCUUAAGAGCUCACUGUUUUCCCAUUCUGACCAAGUUCCUAAUUUCAUUUGCCUUUCCUUACCUUUUUGCAGUCUCAUUAAGCCACCUAAAGUGAGGCCUUAAAAAUAUUAUAUCAAGUAUUUUAAGAUAGUUAUACAGCAGAAGCGUUUCAGAAGCUCUACUUGACAAUAUUACCAGACCCAAAAGAUGUUUAAACCAGUGUAUUUUUUCUCUGCAUAUAUUUUUCAUGUAGUUAAGAACAUACUAUAUAUAUAUAUAUAUAUACAGUGUUUCACCUGACAUUUUACAAACAUUUUCACAGGU